AUGACGGGCGUCAGCGCGCGGUUGAUCAUAUACAACGUGUCCAUUGCGGCUUCGUACUCUACAUGCGUCAAUCAAGGCAUCCUGUCUCACUUCUGCGGCAACAACUCGGUCUGCGCUCAGUGUGUCACUCGCGGAUCUAAGAACUAUCUGGCAAGUACUCGUUACCCUGGAGAGGCUUCACUAGGUUCGAUGGCUCAGCAGGUCUUCACUUACAGCGAUUCAGCCAGGUUCACGCAGGCAGUCGAAGGGGGCGUUCACAACACCAUCCACAGCGUUCUUAACGGCGUUAUGGCGUGGUUUCAGUCUCCGGCAGAUCCGGUUUUCUACCUCCACCACUCGUUGAUCGACUUGCUGCAAGUAAUUUAUCUCAAGUGCCAAGUGGGCGGUACAAACGUGGUGCUCUCAGCAGCAGACAAAGGUAGCGACCCUCGGUGGUUUAGCACAUGUGCAAAAAGAACUACUGGCAACUAUACGAGCGAUGACACCAUCACGAUGCGCGCCAAUGCAACGGAUGGGAAAACCCUUGUCAAUGUGUGGGAGGACCCCAACAACAUCCUUUACCCAUUUUUCAAGGAUUUACCCAGCAAGUAUGCGGAUUAUGUCGAUGCUAAAGACCUGGGGAACUACAGCUACAGCUACGCGAUCAGUGGAGGACUGGCCAACAUGUAUCAAAACUGCAAAAAUGCUACCAAUAUGGCUGCGGUUAACGGUACUAUCACGACUCUACUAGCGAGUCGGAGCAAAACACGCGACCGUCCUUCUCCAAUAAUCGAGCCGGGAACGAGUUACGACGAGAAAGUGAAGCGUUGGAAUGUUGCGCUGUACGAAUCUGCUCGCAUUGUUGGAUAUGAAGAGAUGGCGGCCAGAGAGCAGAUGGAAAUGGUGCUGUGUCAAUACCAAGCCGACUGUCUGGGCGGCGUUGAAGACUACUCGGACAUCUUUCGAGCCAACUUUCAUGUCGAUGGGCAUACGCGAUGUUACAACAUCGUGGCGGGUUUAAAGACGGGAGAUUUAGUAAUUGGUAUCCCCAAGUGGAAAGACAUCACGAGCCGCUUUGUGCCGUGCGCCGCGUACACGAAGAAGAAGCCUCUCUUGUCCGAUUUCGCUAAGGCUGCCACAGCAUUUGCCACAGCUUCCGCUUAA